ACUUCGUUUAUAGCUUUGGGUGAACACAACAGCAACUUUGAACCACACAUCCACCCCUCACUUUCAGCACAUGCUGCUGAUCGGGCACGUCGAUACAUCUCGACCACAAAUAUGUUAUCGUCCCACUUUUCCAUCCAUGCAUGUUCAUCAAACACGCACCUUAGGUAAUCUGGAGAUAAACCAUCCGAAAUAGUUAUCAGGCACCGCAAUCGUUUGAGUGCGCUACACGCGUAAACUGCCGAUACUACAUGUACUACAUGUAGCAUGCGCAUUCGUCGAAACUGGCAACGUCGAGGCCAUACGAUUCUUGAACCGCGGGGGAGCAUGUCUUCCAUCAACACUGCACUCCUGACUUCGCCUUCCGGAUGGCGUCGAUACGAGACCUUCGUCUCGAAAGGCACCCGCAUCGCUUACCGAUCAUCCCAAGCCGAGCCUCCAGCAAGGCCUUCGCCUGAACGACCGUCCUCGUCUCAGACAACUACAUUAGAAGGCCCAGUCUACGAGUCGCAUUGCCACUCACCAUCUAGGGGUGAGCCUAGCGUAGAUGUCAGUGUCCGAAGGAAACUUAUCGUCGCCAGCGUGCUCUGCUUGGUCUUCAUGUGCAUAGAAGCGGUGGGUGGUGCCCUCGCACAAAGCCUCGCCAUAGCUACAGAUGCAGCACACUUACUGACAGACUUUGCCAGUUUCAUGAUUUCACUGUUCUCCCUUUGGCUAUCUACAAAACCAGCAACGAAGCAAAUGAGCUUCGGAUGGCAUAGAGCGGAGGUUAUUGCAGCAGUCAUGUCAGUACUGCUCAUAUGGGUGGUAAGCGGAGUGCUACUGUUCCUGUCAGUGCAGAGGAUUGUGUUGAAGGACUACCACGUAAACGCUACAGUGAUGCUUAUCACAGCAGGGCUUGGGAUUGCAUUUAACAUAACGAUGGGUCUCCUUCUUCAAGCGGGCAAUAUACAGAUAAUUUUCACGCGUGGUUUGUACACAAUGUUCCACACGAAUCGGGAGUCGAGCGGAAGUUCAUCGGAGGACAGCUCCGAAGACCCACCAUCAACAUGCUGUGGUGUAUCUACUAGAAAGCAAAAUCUAAAUGUACGGGCUGCUUUCUUGCACGUCAUGGGUGAUCUCCUGCAAAGCUUAGGGGUUCUAAUCGCUGCGUUAAUAAUUUACUUUAAACCUGAAUAUAGUAUUGCGGACCCGCUGUGUACAUUUAUUUUUUCUAUAAUUGUCCUGCUAUCUACCCUAGCAAUUAUGCGCGAUGGCAUACUGGUCCUCAUGGAAGGAAAGCCGAAUAGCAUAGAUUUUCUCGAGGUUCAGCACCUUCUCGCUAAUGAACCCGGAGUCUGUCAAGUGCACAAUGUACGUAUCUGGUCCCUCAAGCCCGAAAAGAUUGCACUUUCGGCGCACAUAGUUAUCCACCCCAAAGUGAACGGAAUGUACGUUUUAAAGAACUGCUCACGACUGAUCCGAUCAAGGUUCAACAUUUUCGACUUGUCAUUGAAAGUGGAAGAGUACGACAGUCGUAUGGAUGAUUGUGAACAGUGUAAUGACUUGAGUAAUUCAACCUAGAGUUUACAAUAUGUAGCAAGGACAAAACAUCGGGUAACAUACUCUACGAGUAGUACACCAAGUGGCCUGCAAAAGAUUGAGGAGUGUGAAUUUUUUUAAUGGCAUUUGCGUUGUUUUUACUGACUCUUGUUGUUGGUUUUUAUCUUGCUGUACUUACGCGCUGCGUCUGGUAUAUUUUCUUAGGAUGAGCACGUGUCUUGUAUAUUCAAAUGUGUGCAUGUAUCACGUCUGCAAUCUGAACACUGCGAAAAUAUCUAGUCAACGUUCGUUUAGUGGUCAAUAGUGUCUAUGAAUAUUAAACUAAAAUUAGUGGCA